CACUUCUAAAAGAGAAAAGUGGAUCGAGACGAAGAAAAAUGUCUCAAAUUCACCCGGACGAUGAUAGCGAAUCUAUUCUGGACCCAAGGUUUGAAGAACUGUUGAAACCUAUCCGAGAUGUUCAACAAAACUUUCAGAUCCAAGUUAGUGAACUGCUGGCCAAAUAUCUGGACAAGGUUCAAACAAUUAAUGUAAAUGGACAAACAUUAAACUUUACAGAGGCGGCCAUGCUUCUACAGGGUUCUGCUAGUUGCUACAGCAAGAAAGUUGAUUACCUACACCAGUCUUCAAUGCGAAUGUUGGACUUGAUAACCAAAGAUAAUGCGAAUGAUGAUGAGGGAGGAGGGGAUGGUGAAGGAACAGAUAACUCUUCAAAAAAAAGAAGAGGAGGAGUAGAUGCUAAUCUGGAGUUUAAACUUAUUCAUCUUGAAUUGGCGAAGAAUAUUGACUGCAAGGAAGGGGAUGUGGAUUUAAGAUCACUUGAAGAUAAACUAGGAUUUAUUCAGGUUACACCCAGGGAGUUUAUUGAAAAAGAAGGUCAAGACCCGUCAAUACUAAAGGUUGAUCUUUACUACGGACCUAACUUUGAGCUGCUGGGAGCAAAGAAGGAUUUCAAGAUGAACUCGCAGUUCUCCACCGCUACAGGGAUGUUAGGAGAGACAUUGGAAACAAAUACUGAUGCUAACAUAUGUGAUGAAACUGUUUUAAAUCCAGACUUUAGGGAUGAAAGUGUUGAUGAUGGAUGUCAUGAUAACGGGGUUGAUGAAGAUGUAGAUGCUCCUGCUGACCCUGGAGGAGAUCAUGUAAAUGAUGGAUCAAUCCACCAGGAGCUUGAGUAUUCUUUACACAUAGAGCAUGGUGGGAGCCCGGAGCUACCAGAAGAUCAACUUGAUAUUAGCGAAAGGGUUGAGGGGCAAGUUGUCUGUACUCGAAAUAAAGAAAUUCUAGCUGACCGGCUCCCAACCCCUCCCCCGCCUUGUGUCCCAGAGAAAGAUCCUUGGGAGCCUUGUAAUCCUUUUCAAACUACAGGAACAGUUAAAGAGAUUAAACGAGGAAGAGUUUUCAAGAUUCCAGGAAGAAUAUCAGGAAAACUCAAGGAGAAAGAAAACAUGGUUCCCUCUGUUGCUGAAUUCCUUCAAUUCGAAGGUGUUGUAAAAAGCAAACAUGCUGAGAUCAAUGAUUAUAUAUUAGCUGAGGAGGAGAGAAGAAAAAAAUUUAUUAAAUCCAAGAUGAAAAGAGGAAGAACAGUAGCGGACAGGGGACUUGAAGGUGUUGUAGGAGAAGAGAAUGCUGAAGAACCUAGAGAAGAUGGUUUGGAUGAUGAGGUUCAAGAUGAUGACGUGCCAGAUGAAUAUGAUGAAGAUCAGGAUUUUCUUCCUUUGCCUGAGUUUGAAUUUCCAGAAAAUCCACACAUGGGAGGAACUGUAGGUCCAGCCCUAGACCUAGGUACAGAGAGUCAAUCUUCAAGUCAAGGGAAGAAAGAAAGUUACGAAGAUCUGGUUAUAAGAAUAGUUGCGGAGAUUGUACAUAAAUCCCAGGCGGGGGUAUCGAGCACGGAGAUGAUGAAAAAAGUUAUUACUUGGCACGACAUGAUCUCUCCUCGCUUGGAAAAAGUUGAGAAGAUGGCAGCCUUUGAUAUUCAUCUCUAUGGGUCUAAAAUAUUAGAACAAUUUCCAUCAGAAAAUAGGAAGACUACAAUAUCUUUCCGAGAUGUAGUGCGCGGCAAAUCACGUGAAGACACAUGUCGUUAUUUCCUAUCGUCCCUUAUGCUUGCAAACUGCAGUAAUAUAGAAAUAGGUUCCGAGGGUGUAAUGGAUGACAUGAAAUUAAGAUUUCUGUCCUCUAGGCGCCAUCAUGAGGACCUUGAAGGAUUCCAGGCAGCUUCACAAGCCACACCAAAUGAUUCUUUAUCUAGCAGCAGCAAACGACCAAGAUUAUGAAACCAAGAAAAAGAAUUAUAUAAAUACUUAAAAUCUGUCCUUAUAACAAAAAUGUUGGUAGUUACAUUUUUAAAAUUUAGAAAUAUACAUUUAAAUUUCUUGUA